CACUGGAAGGCAGACGUGGUCAUUAGUUUAGAAUUCAGUUUACUUUACCGUUUCACAAGUUAGCUGUUUACCUCAUGUAUUAUGUUGCUUGGUAUUUUGUAGGCUAAUUAAGUAGGUUUGCUAACUCAACUCAAUCGCGGCAUCCAUGUGUUCGAAGAAGCCCGUAUGCGCCCUGCGCCCUCGAGCGAGGAAACAGCCAAACAAAAACGCUUGCGCUCUUAUUCACCAGAGGACAAGUGGAAUUUCUUCAAAUGAUGUUGGAACACUACUAAGAAAUAAUCUAAAAAUCCUUAGGAAUAUAAUACUCCAGGAAUCUGCAGAAUUUGUGAAGGUCUGGAGCAAGUCCUCAAAGUCCCUGAUUUCUUAUGAAAAUGGAAGAAUUUACUUUGAGAAUUACAGGUGUUGCUACAACAGCCACCCGACGAAGCCUCAGCGACUUUACGAGUUACCAAGACGAUCUAAAGCAGAGAAGAUUGAGGACUCUUUGCUCUGCCAGUGCCCUUUGGGCACAGGACUACCAAGGCCUUCAGAUCAAAAACCAAGUCUUUUGGUUCUCACUGCUAAUAACUGGUUAUAUCGUCUGUCAGCUGACACAGGGGAGCAGCUACAGAAAGUCUACCUCGCCUCUCAUUUCAAGUUCAGGUGCCUUGGCUGGGAUGUCUCACAGGAAACGUUUUUUGUCAAAUCCAUUCAAAAUAAACAGACGCCUUUGGCAAGACAGGCUGGUUUGGAUGUCAACGUCCUAAUGCACCUUGCUGUGUUCCGGGUUUUUCCACUUGAGCUUAUUGGAAUGCUGGAGCUGAACAAAACAGUGUUUGGGAGAACAGUUGUGGAUGUGCUGCUGUCACAGAGUGUCCUGGCCGUGUCUCACAGCACGAAGAGUGUGAAACUCUACAGCUUUGAACACAUCGUCAGUAAGUUCAGGACUCAGGAGCUGGUGCUGGGGCAGCAAUGUGAUGUGCGUGGCGUGACUGGAACAGUGGGCGAAGCUCCGUUCGGCAUCCCAGUCAAUAUCCACAUCACCGAGUGCCCCCCUGUGCUGUUUGAGGUGUCGUACUUUGAAAACGGGAUUCAGAUCGGAGGUCAUCCCUGGCACUACAUCUACACCCCCAACCAUAAGAAACACAGAGGAUCUCACCACAUCUGCUCCAUCAGGAACGGAGCUCUGGCUGUGAAUGGAGUCCAGGAGAUGAACUGUGACUCUCUGGAAUCGGACUGGAUCUUCUUCCAUCCGGAUGAUUCUGGAAGAAUAAUUCACGUUGGUCCCAGCACCAUAAAGGUUCUGAAGAUAAUUACUGAGCAGGGCUGUGACUCACAGUCGGAAGUAGUGGAGGAUUUCUCCGUCACUGCAAAUCGAGACCACAGAGCUCUGUCCCAGGUCACCGUCACCUCGUCAGGGCGCACAGUUAAGAGAAGAUUUCACCAGUUAGACGACGACCCAGAGCAAGAGACGUUCAGAAUGCUUAAGUACGAAGAUGAGCUGGACCUCUUGGCAGUGGUGGAUGUCACCCAGUCGGAAGACGAGGGAAAGGCCCGGGUGCGUCUCCAUGACAACAAGAGUGGGGAGAUGAUGAAGAUCGUUCCGUUAAAGGAAUCCUGGGACGUGACGUACAGUCAUGAGCUGUACUUUGACAGAGACACAAUAAUCCACAUUGAACAAGAGAGGAAUAACAGUUUCUGCUGCCAUGUUUAUAAAACCAGCCGCGGACGUGGGGACCGAGAGGAAGAGUAAAUACACAUAAUCCCAACACUGUGGACCAGGAUCGCACGGGCAGAUCACAACGACUUAUUCCUCCUGUUAUAGACAGUGACGCAUUUUAAAUAGAAAUGUUUCUCAGGAAAUGUAUCUCUUUUUCAAACACAUUCCGUACGAAUAAAACUCAAUAAGAACGAAUCUGAACCUCCAGAGGACAUGUUAGACGUGUCUCGUCAUGUCAGCACGAUUCUGAUUGUAAUCUGUGCGCAAAUUUAAAGCAGAAAUGUCA